UGUACUAUUGCUAUACUGAGCAGUACGAAACCAAUACAUUAAUCGCCGUUUUAUAACCGUGUUAACGCAUAAUUUUGUUGCAUAUUGAAUUGUGAAAGUAUAUAUUAAAAAAAAAAAUGACUGACAAAAGCAAAACUCGUAUGAAUUUAUCUGCAAUAAAAAAAGUUGAUCCCUAUGCAAAUGAUAUAGUGGAUUUAUCAUCACAUGUUGCAUUUUACACAUUUAACUCUGAGCGUAAUGAAUGGGAAAAAACUGAUGUAGAAGGCGCAUUUUUUGUUUACAGUCGCAUUGCUCAACCGUUCCAUAGUAUAUUCAUAAACAAUCGUUUAAAUACAAACUCAUUUGUUGAGCCAAUCACUUCUGAUAUGGAAAUACAGUCACAACCACCAUUUCUUUUAUAUAAAAAUGCGCGAUGCCGUAUUAGAGGUUUUUGGUUUUACAACAGCAAGGAAAGUGAUAGAAUUGCAGUACUAUUAAAUAAAAUUCUAUCAGAUGCUACAAGUUCAACUGUACAAGCUGCAGAUAACAAUGAGAAUAAAGAGCCCAAAAAUAAUGUUAAUAUAUUUAAAAUGUUAUCUGAUGCGCAAAUGGAGUACCUUUCUUCUCACUCUGGACAAAAUAAUACCGAAAAGAGCGGUGCACCAGUAAACGUUAUAAAGUUUUUUGAGUCAGCUAAGCCAGCUAUUCCUGAUAUACCAUUAUCUCAGCGUAUGUUGCCAAAUACACUAUUCGUUGAUCAAGUUGAAAAACAACAAAGGGCAAUAACACCAUUGAAACAGGCGGACUUGAAACCAAAAAAUUUACCAGUUGAAGAUCGUAGUAAUGUACAGAAAAUGUCUUCUGUCGUUACACAAACCCAUAAAAAUUCCAAUUUCGAAGUUGACCAAAUCACGACGGAACUUAAAAUAAGUUCUAAUAAAGAAGUAGUUCUGACGCCGCCAACUCUAUCAAGGCCACAAAAUCAACAUAUGCAUAAAAGAUCUCUAUUACAAUUCGAUUCUAAACCAGCAUUGAUGCCGCCAACAAUGUUUGACAAACCAAUAAAAAAAGAGAGUCCUCCACUGCAGGAACCUUUAAAUGCAUCUCAGCUAGUACAAGCAUUUACUUACUUGAUAGAGAAUGACGAAGAGUUCGUUCACAAGCUGCACGAGGCAUAUUUAAAUAGUUUUACAAAAAGUUUAUUGGGAUAAAUCUUAAAAAUAUUAUAUUGUGAUUUCGGCUUGAAGUCGAACAAUAUAUGUUUUAUUCAAAGCAAGCAGUAAGAUAAACUUAUUCCACAAUUUUAUUUGCGUUAUUUAUUUAAAUG